GCGCCUGCGCAGCGGAGGCCGGAGGAGUCUUACCCUAAUGUAAGAUGGUGGCCCGUCUAGCCGUGGAACCCACCGAAAGCUGAGAGUCUCUCUCUCAGCCCUAAAGGUCGGACUCACUGAAGCAGUCAGGCCCGGUUCUGAAGAGUUUUUUCGCCGACUCUCGUUCAUUGGUCUCUUGUGAAGACUCGGCAACGCGUGGAGUCGGCUAAGAGAAAAGCGAGGCAAGGCAGGCGGGUCUUGAGAGUUUAUUUUAGCUCUCAGUGCUGAAUUACCUUCUCCCUUAAAUUAUUAUAAACUUUUGCUGCUGUCGUAUAAACGUGAAGAUGUCUCGCAGUCCUGAUGCAAAGGAAGACCCUGUGGAAUGCCCUCUUUGCAUGGAGCCCUUGGAAAUAGAUGAUAUUAACUUUUUCCCUUGCACCUGUGGCUACCAGAUAUGCCGAUUUUGUUGGCAUCGAAUUCGCACUGAUGAGAAUGGGCUUUGUCCUGCAUGUAGAAAGCCAUAUCCAGAAGACCCAGCAGUUUACAAACCACUUUCCCAGGAAGAAUUGCAAAGGAUAAAGAAUGAGAAAAAACAGAAACAAAAUGAGAGAAAACAGAAAAUCUCAGAAAAUCGAAAACAUUUGGCUAGUGUACGUGUUGUACAAAAAAACCUUGUGUUUGUUGUAGGUCUGUCACAGCGCCUAGCAGACCCAGAAGUUUUAAAACGACCAGAGUAUUUUGGGAAGUUUGGUAAAAUACAUAAAGUUGUCAUCAAUAAUAGCACAUCCUAUGCAGGCUCACAGGGUCCGAGUGCCAGUGCUUAUGUAACGUAUAUCCGGUCAGAAGAUGCUCUCAGAGCAAUACAGUGUGUCAACAAUGUGGUAGUAGAUGGCAGGACACUAAAGGCAUCUUUAGGUACAACAAAGUACUGCAGUUAUUUCUUAAAGAACAUGCAGUGCCCAAAGCCUGACUGCAUGUAUCUACAUGAAUUGGGAGAUGAGGCAGCCAGCUUCACAAAAGAGGAAAUGCAGGCGGGUAAGCAUCAAGAAUAUGAACAGAAGCUCCUCCAAGAAUUAUAUAAAUUAAAUCCCAAUUUUCUUCAGCUAUCUACGGGUUCAGUUGAUAAGAAUAAGAACAAAGUGACACCAUUACAAAGGUAUGAUACCCCCAUUGACAAACCUUCAGAUUCUCUCAGUAUAGGGAAUGGUGAUAAUUCCCAACAGAUAUCUAACAGUGAUACGCCUUCACCACCACCUGGUUUAUCAAAAUCCAAUCCUGUCAUCCCCAUCAGUUCAUCCAAUCACAGUGCAAGGUCUCCUUUUGAAGGGGCAGUAACAGAGUCACAGUCAUUAUUCUCAGACAAUUUUCGCCACCCCAACCCUAUACCAAGUGGGCUUCCUCCUUUUCCCAGCUCUCCACAGACACCCAGUGAUUGGCCUACAGCUCCAGAACCACAGAGCCUCUUCACAUCAGAAACAAUCCCAGUAUCAUCAUCUACAGACUGGCAAGCAGCAUUCGGCUUUGGUUCUUCUAAACAACCAGAGGAUGACUUGGGGUUUGAUCCCUUUGAUGUCACUCGAAAAGCCUUAGCAGACCUGAUUGAGAAGGAACUAUCCGUCCAAGAUCAACCUUCCCUUUCUCCCACAUCUCUUCAGAACUCCUCCUCACACACUACAACCGCCAAAGGUCCAGGCUCUGGAUUCCUGCAUUCUGCUGCACCUACAAAUGCCAACUCUCUUAAUAGUACCUUUUCAGUCUUGCCACAGAGGUUCCCUCAAUUUCAGCAGCACCGAGCAGUUUAUAAUUCGUUCGGUUUUCCAGGCCAGGCAGCCCGCUAUCCUUGGAUGGCCUUUCCACGCAAUAGCAUCAUGCACUUGAACCACACAGCAAACCCCACCUCAAAUAGUAAUUUCUUGGACUUGAAUCUCCCGACACAGCACAACACAGGUCUGGGAGGGAUCCCCAUAGCAGGGGAAGAAGAGGUGAAGGUUUCGACCAUGCCACUGUCAGCCUCUUCCCAUUCAUUACAACAAGGACAGCAGCCUACAAGUCUCCACACUACUGUGGCCUGACACCAGAACUGAGAGGAAAGGAGAGGAUUAGACUCGGGGUGCUUGCAUGGGCAACUGGAUUUUUGCAUGGUUCCUUUCUGACUUUGCAUUUAAUGUAUACACCCAAAAGAGCCAAUAUAAACGUUCCUCAUGCCGACAACUAGCGUGGACCUCGUAGUUGCUAAAGUAUUUCUUCAUUAGGCCUUUAACAUAAUUUAUUAGCAUAAUAAUUUUGCCAUUGUUUCUCAUGAGUGAUACUAUUUUUAACUCUUACAAAUAAACUUAGAGUACUAAUUAAGAUCCCAGAGGAGAUUAGCUAGAUCUGUUCUUAUUUUAACUCUAUUAUUGGAAAUAUACAAAAGUAAUGGCAGUUCUUUGUUUUUUCGGUUUGUAAAAAAAUGGUAAUAUUUUAACCUACUCCUGACAUUUUUGAAACAUUAAGAUAAUGUCUAUUGCAUUCUUUGAAUUCUUGAAAAGAAAGAAUACAUAUAAAACAAAACUGGUGGUGUCAUUGAAUGCUCAGAAAGAUGUUGUCAGCUGUUGUUUUUAGUUGCCUAGAUUGAUAUCCUAUAUUAUGCAUUACAUGUGUACAAACUGUUUUGUCCUUUCUCAUUUGCACAUUUGCACUUUUCUUUUUGAAUGGUUGUUAAUUAUACAUAGAUGGUUAAAAGGUAAUAUUAUGGCUAAAUGCAAUAUCAUCUGAUUUCUAAUGCACUGCCUAGUAUACCAGGAAAUGCCUCAAAAACAGAAUUUCAACUUGUAGUUGAGUUAUUAGAAACUUGAACAUGGGGUAAAUAAACAUCGUAUGUAUGUAGUAGCCAUAGUAGUGUAACAUUUUUAUUGAACAAACAGUAGCUCAGUAGGAUCUAUUUGGAAAUUUCAUUGUUAAAUAAUUGACACGUGAUAAAAGUAACCGGCGAGAAUAAGACUUACAGUAGAAGAAGGAAGCUGGGUGUCCUGUAAGAUGAGACCAUAUAGGUUGUAAUAGAUAGCCUUAGAUGAUCGGAGACCAGUGAGUCAGGUACUUCAUAAGGCAGAACGUAAAGUGAUGCUUUGAUAAUGGAAAACUUCUUGAAAUAGUUUUAGAAUGAUAAUAAAAAAUAAACUGAACUUAGUUCUGAGCAAUGGACAAAAUCUGAUUUAAAAAAAAAUUACCAUAAUUUGCCAAAAAGCAUUUGGGGAGAAGGAGAAAGCCAGACUUUUUGAGAUUUAAAAAAAAGUUUAAAAAGUAUGCCUUAAUUUGUUUAAAAAAAAAGAAAAAUGAACCAUGAAAAGCGUACUGUGAAUACCAAAAAGAAAUCUUAAUAAUACUACUAAUAAAACAUCUUAUUUGAAGAUGAUACUAAUGUUAUAUAUCAUUGGCAUUUUGGGGUUGUUUUUUAACAUAAAAUAUGGGAACUUCCUGUUACAUAUAACAAGAUAAAUGGCUUCAUCCUGAGGUAUAGUGGAGUAAAGUGGAAAUUUAUUCUUACAUAUAUAUUUUUUAAUUUGGUUGAGGUCACAGAAUUGACCAAUUCUCUACUCAUCUAAGUUAUGUUUUUAGAGUUCAGCAUAAAUAUCAAUUUAUAGCCUGCAUUUAAAAGUGAAUUUACAGCAACAUUAUAAGAAAACUGCUGUCUUUGAAAAUACCAAAACUGUAUACUUAUUAAACUUCAGCCUUUUAAUCAGACCUUAAUUCAGUUAUGGGUUUCAUUUGACUAUAACAGGUCAAUGUUUGCUGUGUGAAAGUUCUGUGGGGUUAAGGCUUCUGGGCUUUGUGUGUUCUGGGUUAAGGCUGGAAAUGCGGCUCCUUGUAAUGAUGCUCACUGGCUCUUAGCUCUCUCCAGCGUUGAUUGGCUCCCUUCUCUGGCAAGCACUCGGAUGAUUGGCUCCCAUCUACUCACUGCUUGUGCUGGGAGGGGUGCUGCUGAGCGAAGCUGCUUUCCUUGCCUUACUCUGUUCCUUUUCAUUCAUAAUUUGUACAGAAAAUUUGUCCAAAGAUUUUUCAGACUUUGCUUGUAGUACCCAAUAAGAAUUCCAAAGCUGUGUGUCUCCUUUCUGUCUAUUCUCCCUCUACUUCUGAUGUACCAUGAAUUUGGGAAAUGCUUUUUAGGCAAUUAGAACUCAGCCAGCAUAUAACUUUAUAUAUGGAGUGCUUAAAUUUUUUUGUUGUUUUUUAUUAUUUCUAGACCCAUAAGGCCUCACUUUUUUGUUUAAUGUGGUAUUUUAGAAGUCUUUAAAAUCAUAAUUUACUCUAAUGCGUGGAAGAACUUAUAUAGUACAUAAAAGAACCAUUUUAUGUGAUGGACAAAUAUAAUUAAAAUCGUGGAAAGAAUGAGAAAUUCUAAGAAACUUCAGGUUUGUCAAUAUAUUCUUGUAUGAUGUAUCUUACACUGGGAUACUUUUUAAUAUAGAUUUCACUCCUUUGGCCAUUAUAAAAUGACUAGACUUUUCCUUAACACAGGGGUUUUUAACCUGGAUUCUCAAACUCUUGGAAGGUCUAUGUGAAAUGGUGGGUUUGCGUGCCGGUGCAUUUGCUUGAUGUUUUUCUGAGGAAGAUCCAUAGUUACUAGAUUGAUAAAGAGUUGGUGGCAUUCUCCCUCUCCAAGAGGCUUCAAAUGGCUGAAGCAUGACAGCUUCGAAAUGCCUUGCACCCCUGGAGGAAAUAGAGUCCUGCCCUGACUUUUAGUUCUGGGAUGUGAAUUGCUCUCUUAUUUUCUCAAAGAUUGCAGUGGAGAAUGUUUUGAUAAACAAUGAUUUCCUUCUCAAGCUCCCAUUUGUUUCUUCAGGUUGCUCUGUGGUACAUUUUCCCCUUUAUUUCAACAGAUCAUUGAUUAACUAUUAGUGCUCUGUAAGGUGACUUGAGCUAGGUCUUGAGGGACUGCAGUCCUGUGCAGGAUUGGUCCACAUUACUUGUGUCAGGUCAGCCCUUGAUACAUACUCUGCAGCCACAGCAGUCCACACUCAUACCAUUACUCAUCUCAGCAGCUGCUCUGAUAGUGGGAACUACUGAUAUGUCAGCUCUAAAAUGUAAACUGAUUGGAAGGGAGACUUAAAAAAAUAAAAACAAAACACUAGAAAAAGACAUACUGAUCAUAUUCUAUUUUAUGCAUGUAUGUGCUGUUGUCUCAGCCUCCUGAAAACCAAGGUAUGUGCUUCUUUGAAGGAAGCAACAUUAGUGCAUUCUUGUCUCUGCAUACUUGUACUGACAUAGUUUAUUUGUAUGAUAUUCCAGCUACCUUCAAAACUGCCAGAACUGCCUUCUGCUUUGGCACAGGUUCAUAGGGAGGUACGGCCAGAGAGGAAUUGCUGCAAAAAGCCCAGAGAAAGGAAGGCAUUAUAGGAGUUUUGAAAUCCCACAAAAUUGAUCACUGUUGUUUGUAAGGUUUUAGAUUUUCUUUUUCUUUCUUGUUUUGAUCAUGAAGUUUUCUCAAAUCUAUUUAAUUGGCAUAAAAGAUGAAAACAUAAUAACAAUAAUGUAUAUCUAUGCAAUAGCCAAAGUCAGAUAUCUGGUGAUAAACCAGUACAUCUGCUCUUAGUAAAUGUCUCUCUCCCUUGCUGAAUGAACACUUGCCCUGCUUCCUGAGGUUGAAAAGUGGCUGUAAUGUGUGCAGGCACUCACACAUACACAUACAUGUGAGUAAAUCAGACAUUGUA